UCGCGCCGAUGAUGGAGCUCAAGGCCGUGUGGGGAAAGACGGCGGAUCUGUCCACGUGGGUGGCGACCAAUCCGUGCGCCACGUGGCAGCUCGUGCAGUGCUGGACGAACGGCUACAUCCGUCGCAUGGAGAUGAGUUACCAGGAGCUCUUCGCCACGCUGCCCUCCGCCAUCGGCGCGCUUACCCAGAUGGAGGAAUUCUUCGCGGUGAAGAAUUGGAUCUAUGGCGACAUACCCGACUCCUUCAGCAACCUCGUCAAACUCAAGAACCUGCAGCUGUAUCAGAACUUUCUCAACGGCACCAUCCCAGCUUCCAUGGGCCGCAUGACCAGCCUGUAUCAGCUGCAUCUGAACCUCAACUACCUCACGGGAGGCAUACCAGACACCUUCUCCAACCUCGUCAACAUGCAGAAAUUCUAUGUACCCAGCAAUCUGCUCAACUCCACUUUCCCCACCGUAGUCUGCACCAUGACCAACCUGCGCCAGCUACGCCUGAGCGCCAAUCGCUUCACAGGGCCCGUGUCAAGCUGCCUCGGCCGGCUCAAGAACCUCAACUACAUGUACAUCGACACGAACAAGUUUGACGGCGUGCUGCCAUCCAGCAUCGGCACCAUCAUGCCGCUCACCAACCUCUUCAUCAAUCAGAACAGCUUCAUCGGUCCACUCCCCAUCACCCUCACGCGUCUCACCAACCUCAACAUCCUCUUCAUGAGCAGCAACCCCAAUCUGCAAAGCACUCUGCCGGCCAACCUGGGCAACAUGAAGAGCCUUACCGACCUGGUGUCUGAGUUUGCCCCUCUCAACGGCACCAUCCCUGCAACCAUCUCCAAGCUCACCAAACUCUCACGCAUUCUGUUGGACAACGGUCAGCUCACGGGCACCAUCCCGGACGGCAUCAGCCGUCUCAAAGAGCUCACCGUGCUCUACCUGGAGAGCAACGAUCUCUCUGGCUCCUUCCCUCGAGGCAUCCUCUCUCUGCCCAAACUAAACCUUCUCAACCUACACGACAACAUGCUGUCCGGUCCACUGCCAACUGGCUUCAAGAACGGCACCAUCCUGUCAGCCGGCCAAUACAACCUGCACCACAACUUCUUCUACCCCCCAUCCCCCCCCUCCGCUUUUCCUCGCAGCAACCUACACGACAACAUGCUGUCCGGUCCACUGCCAACCGGCUUCAAGAACGGCACCAUCCUUUCAGCCGGCCAAUACAACCUGCACCACAACUUCUUCUACCCCCCAUCCCCCCCCUCCGCUUUUCCUCGCAGCAACCUACACGACAACAUGCUGUCUGGUCCACUGCCAACUGGCUUCAAGAACGGCACCAUCCUGUCAGCCGGCCAAUACAACCUGCACCACAACUUCUUCUACCCCCCAUCCCCCCCCUCCGCUUUUCCUCGCAGCAACCUACACGACAACAUGCUGUCUGGUCCACUGCCAACCGGCUUCAAGAACGGCACCAUCCUGUCAGCCGGCCAAUACAACCUGCACCACAACUUCUUCUACGGUCCUGCCUCUGUCACUGCCGGCGGCGUCACCUCCUGCCCUCAAGACCAGACCCGCCGAGGCAUCUUCUACCAGUCUUCCAUUGCAUACAACUGCCUCACAUACCCCACCACCUCCGCGUGCUACCAGGCCGGGAGGGUGCAGACCCAGGUUGCUGCCAGCACGUGCAAGAGGUUUUGCAACGCAGGGGAGAACCCGUGCGGGGGGCACGGGGCAUGCUGGUUUGCCAAGGGGGUGGACCCGAACUGUUUGUGUGACGCAGGGUAUGUUCAGACAGCUGACAAGCAGUCCUGCGUGAAGAAACCCAAGGGGCGGAAGAGGAAGUGA